AUUCUCCUCUUCGUCGUUUAGAUUUUUACGUGUUUCGGUACGACGAAUGGGGUAUAUUUUUCACAACUUUUUCAAUUCCGGUUCGUCACAUGACUGCAUUUGCUCGGAUAAAGGGUUAAAAGUAUAUAUCUUAAUACUAUACUAUAGUGUAUAUCCUAUAAAUCCUAAAUUUGUAUAUCCUAUAUCCUAUAUAUCCUAAAUUUGUAUAUAUCCUAUAGUAUUAUGUUAGGUACAAGUACAAAUCUAUACUUUGUGGGGACUCGUGGAAUAGGUGUGCAUGGAUUAAGUGGUAGUAGAAUAAAUUGCAUAUUAUAUCGACAAUUACAUACAACUCCAGUAUAUAGUGAUUUAUUUAAAUCAAAAUCAAAUUCAUCAUUUGGGCCAGAAACUGGAACACAAUCUCAAACUUUACCAUAUAAUACACAUCCAAUACUUAAAAGAAUACCGAAAAUAUUUCGACCUUAUGCAUCUCGAUUCAUUACUGCUCCUGUAAGUCAUAGUGUAUCAUUUCUUAUACUUCAUGAAUUAACUGCUAUAAUACCACUUGUAGGUAUUUGGUAUGCAUUAUAUAAGUAUCCGGAAUACUUUUCUACUUAUAGUACCACCAUAACUGAAAAUGAUCUUUAUAUUAAAGGUGUUGAAGUUAUUAAUAAAAGUGUGGAAAAGUAUCAACUUGGAGUUGAUGAUGUACUGGAAAAGAUGAGACUCAUAUCUGCUGGAGCUAGUUCAUAUGUAAUUGUAAAGUUAUUAGGGCCAGCCCGUAUUAUAGUAAGUAUAGGAUUAAUGGAUCCCUUUGCUAGAUGGAUUAUUCUACCAAUUUAUAAUGUGUUUGCUGUUUUAAGAGCAAGGUUUUCAAAGACUAGUCCUACACCAAAGUCUACACCAGAAAUAGAAUCAGAUACGGAAACCAUAAGAGAAACCGUUAAGACUAAAAAGGUUAAUAAACCAAGAUUGUAAUUAGUAAAUUAUAUAAAUAAAGAACAUAGCUGUAAUAUAUGAAACA